GUGUAACAUGAUAAGCAUUCCCGUCGUCUAUUGUCCAAACAUUAUAUGUAGCUAGCUAACGUUAGCUAUUGAAACGUCCACGUCAAGUAAUUAACCAUCACAGGCACCUGCAAUCAAUAUGGAUGUGGUUGAGUUCCUAGUGUCCCUGCUGGAUGUGCAUAAACAACAGCUGAAAGCGCUGACCAGACAGGGGGAGAUCCAGGCCAAGGUCCUCAGCCAGCUUGUCAAGGAUGGUUUGACCAGAACCCUUGACCGGCCUUCACCCCAGGAUGUAGAGGAACAGAGAAGGCAUAGGAUGACACCAGGGAGAGAUAAAGACCCAGAGGACUGGGGUGCUAGGCUUGAUGGGCUGCUGCAAGAGGAGACACAGAAGAAGAAUCAACUGAUCAGACCCCAGGGGUUGUCUAAUUCAUUCCAGACCAGGGUACUGGGACAGAUGUGGACUGUGGAGGACCAGAGCAGGCAGGACUUCUUGUCUCUGCGGUACGAACCCCAGAAAGGAGCCAGAGAGCUGGGGCAGAAGCUUGACUCAGCUGCUAAGCACUGGCUUAGGCCUGACCUAAGGACUGCUGCACAGGUAGAGCAGUGUGUUGCCAUGGAGCAGUUUCUGUCCCUCUUGCCAAAGGAGGCUGGAGCCUGGGUGCAGAAGCAGCAGCCCAGGGAUAUGGAGGAAGCGAUCAGCAUGGCUGAGCAGCGGCUUGGGUCUGGUGUCUUCACCGUCUCCUCACCUUCCCCUGACCAUACACAGACAAACACAGCACAGGGCUCAACAGAGACACAAGAACAAGGGAGUGUCAAGAUGCAGAGCACCAGUGAUCACCCAGAUGCUUUGACCAAGUCAUUUCUCAACCAGCUGGAGACUCAAAAGUCUGCCCAUUUCAGUCUAGAGAUUCCAGACAUGGGAGUAGCCAGCUACCAGGAGGAAAAGGAUGAGCAUAAGGUGGUCCCAGAGGAAGAGUCCAUCUUUGUGUGUAAGCAGGAAGUGGAGGACCCUGACUGGCAUCAGGAGAGUGCUCCUCCAGAGCCUAUCCAAAUUUAUGGGAGCACAACAGGACAUGAGAGCAUGUCGGUGGACACACCUUACAUCUCCCCUCCCAGACACAACUCUCUCUCCUCCACCAUGUACACUCAUCCAACACCCAGAGUGUCCAGUCAGAUCCCCUCCCCACAGUCGCCUCCAUCCCUUGCUCCUGAUGUCUAUCAUCCACAUGUUCAGGACAGCCCAGUGACAGACAGACUGCAGAGUAACAAUCAUUCUAGUGACGAGACGGAGCUUACUGCCAGGUACACAGGGCUUAUCUCUGAAGAUGGACAGCUGACCUGGGGGACCCUCCCGAGGGUUCCCUCACCAUCCUUCCACACUCGCCCACCCUCCCCCUCGCCCUCCCACCAGUGCCCAGACUGUGGCUGCUGCUUCACCCAGCAAAGGAGCCUGGAGGAGCACAGGAACAUUCACACGGGGGCGAGGCCCUUCGUCUGUGGGGUGUGUGGCAAGGCCUUCUGCCACCGCCGCACUCUGAACAAACACACACGUAUCCACUCCUGGGAGAGACCCUUUCAAUGUACUGACUGUGGACAGACCUUCAAACUCAAAGACACCAUGAAGAGGCACCAGGUGUCCCACAGCAGGCCAGGGACAGGGCCAGGGGCACGUCAGCUCUCUCACUCACCCUGAUACUCUAUCUAGCUGCUCACUCAGCACUUCACCUCGCUGAGAGGAGGCCUCGUAGUAAUCAGCACACAACAAGGACUAGAAGUAGGACUGGUCAGAUGGCUUUCUCUGUAAAUGUCCUAAAUAGGCAGAUUUGUGUGAGAAAGCUACCAGUGUUUUCUGUUGGUGUGUUCCAUAAACAGAGGACACUGCUUUAGAUUUCACAGGUGAACUGGUUGGUGGAACAUCUCUCCCAUGUUUCCAUGUAAACAAGCUCAAAUUACUUGUGCUUCAUUGUUCCCUUUUUUUUGUAGAAUGCCCUGCCAUGGUCCAAGUUAGAGGUGUUUCAUGCAUUUGGAUAUUGUGAUAGUUACUCUUGAAUAAUUCUUUGUAAUGCAGAAUCGUUUUUUGUAUUUAAUUUAAUUCUUCAGAAGAGCAGAGAUCAGAACAUCGUGUAACAAUGUACUGUACUGCUUUAUGUAUUUGUUGUUUUAUGCGUAGGAUAUAUAUAUAUAUAUAUAUACACAGUUGAAGUCGGAAGUUUACAUACACUUAGGUUGGAGUCGUUAAAACUCGUUUUUCAACCACGCCAAAACUAUAGUUUGUUCACAAGAAAUUUGUGGAAAGUUGGUUAGGACAUCUACUUUGUGCAUGACACAAGUCAUUUUUCCAACAAUUGUUUACAGACAGAUUAUUUCACUUAUAAUUCACUGUAUCACAAUUCCAGUGGGUCAGAAGUUUACAUGCACUAAGUUGACUGUGCCUUUAAACAGCUUGGAAAAUGUCUUUAUAAGCUUCUGAUAGGCUAAUUGACAUAAUUUGAGUCAAUUGGAGGUGUACCUGUGGAUGUAUUUCAAGGCAUACUUUCAAACUCAGUGUAUCUUUGCUUGACAUCAUGGGAAAAUCAAAAGAAAUCAGCCAAGACCUCAGAAAAAAAAAAGAAAUCCACACGUCUGGUUCAUCCUUCGGAGCAAUUUCCAAACACCUGAAGGUACCACGUUCAUCUGUACAAACAAUAUUACGCAGGUAUGAACACCAUGGGACCACGCAGCCGUCAUACCGCUCAGGAAGGAGAUGAGUUCUGUCUCCUAGAGAUGAACGUACUUCGGUGCGAAAAGUGCAAAUCAAUCCCAGAACAACAGCAAAGGACCUUGUGAAGAUGUUGGAGGAAUCGGGUACAAAAGUAUCUAUAUCCACAGUAUAACGAGUCCUAUAUCGACAUAACCUGAAAGUCCGCUCGGCAAGGAAGAAGCCACUGCUCUAAAACUGCCAUAAAAAAGCCAGACUACGGUUUGCAACUGCACAUGGGGACAAAUAUCGUACUUUUUAGAGACAUGUCCUCUGGUCUGAUGAAACAAAAAUAGAACUGUUUGGCCAUAAUGACCAUCGUUAUGUUUGGAGGAAAAAGGGGGAGGCUUGCAAGCCGAAGAGCACCAUCCCAACCGUGAAGCACGGGGGUGGCAGUGUCAUGUUGUGGGGGUGCUUUGCUGCAGAAGGGACUGGUGCAUUUCACAAAAUAAAUGGCAUCACGAGGAAAGAAAAUUGUGGAUAUAUUGAAGCAACAUCUCAAGACAUCAGUCAGGAAGUUAAAGCUUGGUCGCAAAUGGGUCUUCCAAAUGGACAAUGACCCCAAGCAUACUUCCAAAGUUGUGGCAAAAUGGCUUAAGAACAACAAAGUCAAGGUAUUGGAGUGGCCAUCACAAUGCCCUGACCUCAAUCCCAUAGAAAAUAUGUGGGCAGAACUGAAAAAGCGUAUGUGAGCAAGGAGGCCUACAAACCUGACUCAGUUACACCAGCUCUGUCAGGAGGAAUGGGCCAAAAUUCACCCAACUCAUUGUGGGAAGCUUGUGGAUGGCUACCUGAAACGUUUGAGCCAAGUUGAACAUUUUAAAGGCAAUGCUACCAAAUACUAAUUGAGUGUAUGUAAACUUCUGACCCACUGGGAAUGUGAUGAAAGAAAUACAAGCUGAAAUAAAUCAUUCUCUCUACUAUUAUUCUGACAUUUCACAUUCUUAAAAUAAGGUGGUGAUCCUAACUGUGUUAUGCUGAUGAAGGAGGACCCAAAAGCGACGUAAUAGAAACAGAGUCUUUAUUCCAGUCUUAGACAAAAACGAUACUCCUGAUAUAUCUAAGGUAAAAACAAAACAGGAAAACUGAAAUCCUCUCGUCAGUAGAGAUGAACGACUGGAGACGCGACCACUAGACACCUGCUCACAUGCAGCAUCUGAUGAAGGCAAAAACACGACAGGGCGGAACAAGGACACUGAACAGCAAACAUCAAACAAGAAUCCGACAAGGACUGAAGCGGAAAACAGAGCAAGAAAUAGGAACUCUAAUGAGGGCAAAAAUAGGGGACAGGUGUGAAAGAGUAAAUGAGGUCGUUAGGAGAAUGAGAAACAGCUGGGAGCAGGAACGGAACGAUAGAGAGAGAGCGGGAGAGGGAGAAAGGGAGGAGGAGAGAGAAGGAUAGAAAAGAGGGAAAGAACCUAAUAAGACCAGCAGAGGGAAGCACAGGGACAAGACAUGAUGAUCAAAAACAUGACAAACUGACCUAAAAAUUGAAUUUUUACGAGGAUUAAAUGUCAGCAAUUGUGAAAAACUGAGUUUAAAUGUAUUUGGCUAAGGUGUAUGUAAACCUACGACUUCAACUGUGUGUGUGUAUAUAUAUAUAUACUACCGUUCAAUAGUUUGGGGUCACUUAGACAUUUCCUUGUUUUCCAUGAAAACAUACCUGAAAUGAGGUGCAAAAUGAAGAGGAAAUAUAGUUAAGACGUUGACAAUAUUAUAAAUAAUGAUUUUUAAUUGAAAUAAUAAUUGUGUCCUUCAAACUUUGCCUUCGUCAAAGAAUCCUCCAUUUGCAGCAAUUACAGCCUUGCAGACCUUUGGCAUUCUAGUUGUCAAUUUGUUGAGGUAAUCUAAAGAGAUUUCACCCCAUGCUUCCUGAAGCACCUCCCUCAAGUUGGAUUGGCUUGAUGGUCACUUCUUACGUACCAUACGGUCAAGCUGCUCCCACAACAGCUCAAUAGUGUUGAGAUCCGGUGACUGUGCUGGCUACUGAAUUAUAGACAGAAUGCCAGCUGACUGUUUCUUCCCUAAAUAGUUAUUGCGCUGUGCUUUAAUUUGGCUCUGUGCUUUAGGUCAUUGUCCUGUUGUAGGAGGAAAUUGGCUCCAAUUAAGCUCCAUCCACUGGGUAUGGCGUUGCAAAAUGGAGUGAUAGCUUUCCUUCUUCAAGAUCCCUUUUACCCUGUACAAAACUCCCACUUUACCGCCACCAAAGCACCCACAGACCAUCACAAUGCCUCCACCAUGCUUGGCAGAUGGCGUCAAGCACUCCUCCAGCAUCUUUUCAUUUUUUCGGUCUCUCACGUAUGUUCUUCUUUGUGAUCCGAACACCUCAAACUUGGAUUCGUCUGUCCAUAAUACUUAAUAAAUACUUAUUUUUUCUCA